AUGCGGGGCUCUUCACUAGCGGUGCACGUGCUGUGCCUGCUGUCACUCUCCUGUGCAUGCUACAUCCAGAACUGCCCGCGUGGGGGGAAGCGUGCCUCUGCCGAUCCUACUCUCAGACAGUGUAUGGCAUGUGGUCCUGGGGACAGGGGCCGCUGCUUUGGUCCCAGUAUUUGCUGCGCGCCAGGUUCGGGCUGUUCUUUGGGCUCUCCUGAAGCACUGAGCUGCAUUGAGGAGAACUAUAUUCCCACUCCAUGUGAGAAUGGAGGGAGACCGUGUGGAUCUGAUCAAGGACGCUGCGCUGCUCCAGGGGUCUGCUGUAACACAGAGAGUUGUGUUCUGGAUUCUGGCUGUUCAGAAGAUAACCAUCAUGUAGAAAGAAGCACCGUACUGAGCAGAUUUUCAACAGGAGAGAUGCUUUUGCAUCUCCUCAGCCUGGCUACCGUGAAGCAGAGAGAUGUCCAACAGUUCAGAGACGCUUGA